UAAUCAGUCACUCUCGUGCGCUCGAACUGGCUGGACGUGUUCUGCUGCGAAAAAAAAACCAUUUUUUGUUAUUAUUCUUAUUCUUCGGUGAAUCUUCGUCCGGCUGUUCGUCGUGAUCGUGCGUUCCGGUGAUAUUUGGCGUGAGUGAGUGAUUGUGUUUGUGACUGUGUUGGUGCCAUUGUUGUCAAUCAGUACAGAGUGGAUUUAUGCUGGCCGGUUGAGUCACCAAUAAUGUGCGGUAUUGAAGUCGCUCCAUGACUACAGCUUGAACCUCAAAUUCGGCAAGUGGGGAAGGAAAAAAGCCGCAGAAACUGUCGUCAACGUGAACGUUUCCAAAAAAUUAGUGAAAUUGCAAGUGAAACAAACACUGCUUUAUGUAAGAAACGCCCAGUGAAACAUGUUUAUGAAGUGUGUAAAGUGACAAAACCUCAACAUCUGACGAAAUCGAACCCUGAAAUCGAUUGGUGGCAUUUCGGCGGUUUAUGAACGGUGCGUUUUAAGCGGCUUAAGUGCGCGACCAAUUCUAGCACAGUGUGACAACACCUUAAAAAAUAUUACCCAAACGUCAACCCCCACCCCCUCGAAUCGAGCACUGCCAGCUGAAAGUGUACGUUUUUUUCCUUCUUAAACGUUCUUCUCAUUAUUUUAAUUUGGAAUUGCGCGCGCAAAGAAUCUCUCGUGGCUUCGGAGAAUUAGAACAAAUUGUGAGUCGUGGUCGUUGCUAUCGUCAUCCCUGGAAUUGUGUUGAACUGGAAUAUUUUUUAGCAACGAAAGAGUAGCGGGAAAGUUAUUGUAGUCAACCUAACUGGCAGGAAUCCAAUGUAACGCCGUCAGCAUCACCACGUUGUAGUCCGCGUUAUCGCUAGUGUUAAGUGUUUACCUUAGAACCAGCAGCAGGCGCCACCAGCAUGCCGUCCCACAGCAGCAGCAGUAGUUUAAGCCGGAGAGUUCUCUGGCCAACGGUGACGGUGACCCUGGUGGUCAUCUCUUGGGCCGCCAGCAGCGUCCGGGCGACACCUGUCCAAACAACGUCACAGGCCGAGCUCUACCUGUCACAGUUUGGAUACCUCAGUGCAAAGUUCCGCAAUCCAACGAGCGGGAACCUGCUGGACAAGGACAGCUGGGAGAAGGCGAUCAUGGAUUUUCAGAGCUUCGCCGGGCUGAAUGUGUCCGGCGAGCUGGAUCCGGAAACGAUGGAGCUGAUGUCACUGCCACGGUGCGGAGUUCGGGACAAGGUGGGCUUCGGGACGGACUCCCGGUCGAAGCGGUACGCGCUGCAGGGCAGCCGGUGGAAGGUGAAGGCCCUCACCUAUCGGAUAUCCAAGUAUCCGGCACGGUUGGAUCGGCUGGAGGUGGAGAAGGAGAUCGCGAAGGCAUUUUCGGUGUGGAGUGAGUACACCGAUCUGACGUUUACACCGAAGAAGAGCGCUCCGGUGCACAUCGACAUCCGGUUCGAGGUGAACGAGCACGGUGACGGAGAUCCGUUCGACGGUCCCGGGGGUACCCUGGCCCACGCGUACUUCCCGGUUUACGGCGGUGAUGCGCACUUUGACGAUGCCGAGUUCUGGACGAUCGGCAAGAGCCGGGGGACGAACCUGUUUCAGGUGGCGGCGCACGAGUUUGGCCACUCGCUCGGGUUGAGUCACUCGGACGUGCGAUCGGCGCUGAUGGCUCCGUUCUACCGGGGGUACGAUCCCGUGUUCCGGCUGGAUUCCGACGAUGUGCAAGGAAUCCAAGCGCUGUAUGGUCGCAAAACGAACGGUGGCAGCAGUGGCGGAAGUGGUGGCUCCAGUCCAACCCGGCCAACGCAACGCCCGGUGCAGAAGGACCCCGACUCCGAGUUGUGUUCCUCACCGAAGAUCGACGCCAUCUUCAACUCGGCCGACGGAGCCACGUACGCCUUCAAGGGUGACAGCUACUACAAGCUGACGGAGAACGCCGUCGCCGAGGGAUAUCCGAAGAAGAUCGCCGAGGGGUGGCCCCAACUGCCAGGAAACAUUGACGCUGCGUUUACGUACAAAAACGGCAAGACGUACUUCUUCCAGGGCACCAAGUACUGGCGGUACUCGGGCCGCCAGAUGGACGGCGACUACCCGAAGGAAAUCAGCGAAGGGUUCACCGGCGUGCCGGACCAUCUGGACGCGGCGCUGGUGUGGGGCGGCAACGGCAAGAUCUACUUCUACAAGGGCAGCAAGUUCUGGCGGUUCGAUCCGCUGAAGCGGCCGCCGGUCAAGUCGACGUACCCGAAGCCGAUCUCCAACUGGGAGGGCCUGCCGAACAACAUCGAUGCGGCGCUCCAGUACACCAACGGGUACACGUACUUCUUCAAGGACGAUAAGUACUAUCGGUUCAACGAUAGGACGUUCUCGAUCGACCAAUCGGACCCGCCGUUCCCGCGGCCGGUGGCCCACUGGUGGUACGGCUGCAAGAACUCCCCCUCGACCUUCGACUCGAUAGGUAAUAUUAAAACACUUAAGAAAGAAGAAGAUCUGCACCACAAUGACGCCGAUGAUUUGAUUUUGGAUGCUGCGGGUCCCGACACCAACGAUCGUCCUGCCGGCGAUGACUACAACAGCGGAAGUGGUGCCAGCUUCAUCCGGCUCAACGUCAGUAUUAUCCUUGCGGUGGCAGUGUUGCUAGGAUUCGCGAGAACACUCUAAAGUCCCUCCAAAAUCCAGACAAGGGAGCAAAAUUUUCGUUACCACAAAAGCGGAGAGUUUCGACCCUAUUUUUUCAUGUGAGAGAUCUUUGUACGCGUGAGCUGUAUGUGAGAGCGUGAGAGUGUGUGCAUUUGUUGUUUUCGAGGAAACGGCCAGUUUUGCGUCAGAAAAUUGAUCUCACACAAUUUUGAUCCGAGCGCAGCUUCCAGAAACGAACGUACGAGCCAGUGACUAAACAUUAGAAAAAAAAGAUCGAUUUCUUCGCAGUGAGAGGAGAGCUCUUCGAAAGAGUCUAAAUUUUUAAACUAUAUACAAAAUAGUUUCGUGAUACAGAGGAUUAGUUACAUAUCUGUUUUCUUAGAACCGCGAUUGUUUUUAAAGAUGGGUUCAACUAAUUAGGAUUUCGAAAUGGUACUAGUAACAAAUCACUAAAAAACAUUCAAAGUCAUUAACGUAAGAGUUUUUAAGUUCAACUUUUAGCAAUAUACAAGUGUGACGAAAAGAGAAGGAAAAUCAGUAAACGGUGCCUUUAACCAAGUUGUACAUACCAAUUAAUGUAUUUUUAACAUGAAAUAAAAAAAAACAUUACAACAAACACAGUUCCACGAGAAAAAGCAUAAACAAACCAUUGGAAAACUAACUAUUGAUUGUUGAUUAUUAUUACCUUCAUUCAACUUUUUUUCUAUCACAUCUUUACGAAUACGACCAACAAGCUUUACAACAACACACCUUGUGUAUCUAUAUGGAAUCGAAAUCUAAUCAUAUCUAAACUAGUGAGCAGUUCCAUUCAAACGUCCCAAGUGAACUGAAACCAAGUGCAUUCUUACACAAAAUGUAUCAAUGAGAAUUUUGUACAUAUUUAUUGCGAAUAGUUUCCUAGGAUUAACCAGAAAAUCAGCAAACAGAUCAGUAAUAAAGCAAGUAACUGUUUGAAAA